AUGGCCGAGCGCGCAGUCGCUGGCGGUGCCCGUCUCCGGCACAGAAAACCUUCUGCUCCUAUUACCAAUCCCCAACAUGAGACCGAGGCGGACUCGGACGAUGAUAGGGAUGGACCUAUGCAGCAGACUCAGCUCGACUCGCUGCUUGACUCGCAGCAGGUCAGCAUGAUCACUGUGGGCGUGCUCACAGCUCUCGCAUUCUUGCUACGCUUCUACAAGAUCAACCAUCCCGACCAAGUCGUCUUCGAUGAAGUCCACUUCGGCAAAUUCGCUGCGCACUAUAUCUCGCGCGAGUACUACUUCGACGUGCACCCGCCGUUCGCAAAGAUGUUGUUCGGUCUUGCGGGAUGGUUCGUGGGUUUUGACGGCAAGUUCUUGUUCGAGAACAUCGGCGAGAGCUAUACGGCGAACAACGUCCCCUACGUCGGCAUGCGCGGUCUCGCUGCGCUCCUCGGCAGCUUGACUAUCCCCGUCGUGUAUGGAAUCAUGAAGGAGAGCGGCUACGGCACCGUCGUAUCGGCGUUCUCCGCCAUCCUCGUCUUGCUGGACAACGCACACGUCGCACAGUCUAGGCUUAUCUUGCUCGACGCCACGCUUAUAUUCUUCAUGUCCCUCACCAUCUAUUCCUACGUCCGGUUCCGCAAACUCCGCUACCGUGACUUUACCUUCGAGUGGUGGGGAUGGCUAUUGGCGACCGGUGUAUUCAUGGCGUGCACAUGGGGCUCCAAAGUCAACGGUAUCUUAACCGUGUUCGCCAUCGGCGCAGCCGUCCUCGUCGACCUGUGGGACAUCCUCGACUUCCGCAAGAAUCCUUCCCUCGACGUGUUCUACCGCCAAUUCAUGGCUCGCGCGAUCGGUCUUAUCCUCGUCCCCUUCAUCGUUUACCUCUCGUUCUUCUGGGUCCAUUUCGCGAUCCUUACCAAGUCCGGACCUGGCGACUCGUUCAUGAGUCCCGCGUUCCAGGAGAGCUUGGAGGGCAAUGAACUAUUGAUGAACAGUCAAGAAAUCCGCUACUACGACACCGUCACCAUCCGCCACAAAGACACCAAAGUCUUCCUCCACUCCCACCCGGAGAAGUACCCCCUCCGGUACGACGACGGACGUAUCAGCUCCCAAGGGCAACAAGUCACGGGCUACGGCCACGCCGACGAGAACAAUAACUGGCAGAUCAUCCCCACCAAGGCUCUCCCCGAGACCGGACGCGGCCGUAUCGUGCGCCACGAAGAUGCCAUCCAGCUCUUACACGUCAUGACGGGCACCGUCCUCCUCACGCACGACGUCGCCUCACCCCUCACGCCGACGAACCAAGAGUUCACGACCUGGCCCCGGGACGAUUACUCGAGGUGGAACGAGACGCUGUUCUACGUCUACCUCCAAGACGGCGAGGACGGCGAAGCGUGGCGGAGCAAGUCCGGGCACUUCAGACUCGUGCACACGCAGACGAAAGUGUCGAUGUUCACGAGCCCGCAGCAGUUGCCGGACUGGGCGUUCCGCCAGCAGCAGAUCGACGGGAACAAGAACCCGCAGGAUCGCGGCGUGGUGUGGUACGCCGACGAGAUCAUCGAGUCGGGCGAGCCGGAGAACUUGCAGGAGCGCAGCAUCUCGCCCUUGACCCAAGCGUCGAAAGAGCCGAAAAAACGGAACUUCUUCAAGAAGUUUUUCGAGCUCCAGGGAUUGAUGUUGCAGCACAACGCCGGGCUCACUGCUAGCCACCCGUACGCGAGUUUGCCCGUUAACUGGCCGUUCUUGGUGAGCGGCAUUAGCUUUUGGACGGAGACGGAGACGCAACAGCAGAUUUAUUUCAUUGGGAAUAUCAUCGGGUGGUGGACUUGUGUUGUUGCUGUUUCGGUUUAUGUGGGGAUUAUGGGCGCGGAUUUGAUUGGGAGGAGGAGGAAUGUGAAGGCUAUUCCCCACUCCGUGCGCCAACGCCUCUGGAACUCCGCAGGCUUCUUCACGCUCGUGUGGUUCAUCCACUACUUCCCCUUCUUCCUAAUGAACCGUCAACUCUUCCUCCACCACUACCUCCCCUCUCACCUCGCGUCCGCCCUCGUCGCCGGCGCCGUGCUCCAAUUCUUGCUCUCCGACACCGUCAAUACGCCCGUGAGCGAGCGCGGGCAUUUCACGCCCAUUCGCAAUAGGAAUUAUGCGGAGAUCGGGAUGAGGGGCCCGAUUUUCGUCGCGGUGUUCGCGCUGGCUAUGUUGGGGAUGUUCGUGUAUAUUGCGCCGUUGACGUACGGGACACCAGGGCUCGACGGCGAGACCGUCAACUCCAAGCGUCUGCUCAGCACCUGGACGCUACACUUCGCCGCGAAGAAGUUCUAG